CCGGUCCCGCCCCACGACGCGAUCAUGUGCCUCGUGAUCUCGCGAGAGCGGCCGGAGCGGCGGCGGCGCAGGAAGAUGGCGGCGCCGGGGACGGAGGUGGCGGCGGAGCCCGCGUCGGGCCCGGAGCAGGUGACCAGUAACGGCAGCGCCGGUAGCGGCGAGGCGGCGGCGCCGGCGGCCGAGACGCAGCGGCAGCAGCCGGCGCUCAACGCCUGGCAGGUCAUCAAAGGCGUCCUCUUCAGGAUCUUCAUCAUCUGGGCCAUCAGCAGCUGGUUCCGCCGCGGGCCGGCACCGCCGGAGCAGAGCAGCGCGGGCGGGACGCCGCGGGCCCCCAGCCGAAACCUCUUCCCCAAGGACACUUUAAUGGACCUCUACGUUUAUAUCUCGGAGCACGAGCACUUUACAGACUUCAAUGUCAGCUCGGCGCUGUUCUGGCAGAAGCGGGAUCUCGUCUACGGGGACUGGACCAGCGGGGAGAAUGCCGACGGGUGCUACGAACACUACGGGGAGGUGGACAUUUCACAGAGCGUCCAGCAGAACGGCUCCAUCUACGUCCACGUGUACUUCACCAAGAGCGGCUUCCACCCCGAUCCCCGGCAGAAGAACCUCUACAGGCGCCUCGCCACCGUCCACACCUCACGAAUGAUCAACAAAUACAAGCGCCGGCGGUUCCAGAAAACCAAGAACCUGCUGACGGGUGAGACAGAGGCAGACCCUGAAAUGAUCAAGAGGGCAGAAGAUUACGGUCCCGUGGAGGUCAUCUCGCACUGGCACCCCAACCUGACCAUCAACAUGGUGGACGACCACACGCCUUGGGUGAAGGGCAGCGUCCCGCCCCCCCUGGACCAGUAUGUGAAGUUUGACGCCAUCAGCGGUGACUACUACCCCAUCCUCUACUUCAACGACUACUGGAACCUGCAGAAGGACUAUUUCCCCAUCAACGAGACCCUGCAGCGCUUGCCCUUCCGCCUCUCCUUCUGCCCGCUCUCCCUGUGGCGCUGGCAGCUCUAUGCUGCCCAGAGCACCAAAUCCCCCUGGAAUUUCCUGGGAGAGGACCUCUACGAGCAGUCGGAUGAGGAGCAGGACUCGGUGAAGGUUGCUCUCCUGGAGACCAACCCCUACCUGCUGGCACUGACCAUCGUCGUCUCCAUCGUGCACAGCAUCUUUGAGUUCUUGGCCUUCAAAAAUGACAUCCAGUUUUGGAACAGCCGGCAGUCUCUGGAGGGGCUCUCCGUCCGCUCCGUCUUCUUCGGCGUCUUCCAGUCCCUUGUCGUCCUCCUCUACAUCUUGGACAACGAAACCAACUUUGUGGUGCAAGUCAGCGUCUUCAUCGGGCUCCUCAUCGACCUCUGGAAGAUCACAAAGGUCAUGGACGUCCGGCUGGACCGCGAGAACAAGGUGGCCGGAGUGUUUCCCUCUGUGACCUUCAAAGACAAAUCCACCUACAUCGAGUCUUCCACCAAGGUGUACGACGAUAUGGCGUUCCGGUACCUCUCCUGGAUCCUCUUCCCCUUGCUGGGCUGUUACGCCCUGUACAGCCUGCUCUACCUGGAGCACAAGGGCUGGUACUCCUGGGUGCUGAGCAUGCUCUACGGCUUCCUCCUCACCUUCGGUGAGCGCCCCACGUCCCCCAGGCUUCUCCUGCUCCUGCUGCCCACCGUGUCCCACCAUGAAGCCAUCACCACCCGCUGUGAUGCCACCACCACCCGCCACGAAGCCACUGCCGCAGCCCCCCAGCCGGCCCCCGAGCCUGGGGGUGGCCCCCCGGGGGGAGCCGCACCCGGCGGGGGCGUCCCCGGGGCCGUGCCCCCCCUGCCCGUGCUGAAGCCGGGUGCCAAGAGCAGCAGCAUCAUUGUCAGCCCGCGGCAGCGGGGUAACCCCGUGCUCAAGUUCGUCCGCAACGUCCCCUGGGAGUUUGGUGACAUCGUCCCCGACUAUGUCCUGGGCCAGAGCACCUGCGCCCUCUUCCUGAGCCUGCGGUACCACCACCUAAACCCCGACUACAUCCACGACCGCCUGCGACGCUUGGGCAGGAGCUACGGGCUGCAGCUGCUGCUGCUCCAGGUCGACGUGAAGGACCCCCACCAGGCGCUGAAGGAGCUGGCAAAGGUCUGCAUCCUGACCGACUGCACCCUCCUGCUGGCCUGGAGCCCCGAGGAGGCCGGGCGGUACCUGGAGACCUACAAGGCCUACGAGCAGAAGCCAGCAGACCUGCUGAAGGAGCGGGUGGAGCAGGAUUUCCUUUCCCGGAUGACCGACUGCCUGACCAGCAUCAAGUCGGUGAACAAGACGGACGCGCUGAGUCUGCUCACCACCUUCGGGUCGCUGGCCGCCGUGGUGGCCGCCUCCAGGGAGGACCUGUCCCUCUGCCCCGGCGUCGGGCCCCAGAAGGCCAAGCGGCUCUUCGACAUCCUGCACGAGCCCUUCCUCAACGUCCCCAAAUGAACCGCUGUCCCCCAAAAUCUCUGGUUUUAUAAUAAAUGGUGUUUAUCCUGGGGGGAACGGGGACACCCCCGCUGCUCCCAGCGUCACUCCGGCCGC